AACGCCACAGAGAGGAAGUUACUGCCGCCAGUUUAUUCGGCGGUUACGUACGUAAAUACUGCAGGAACCGGGAAAACCAAGUUGUUGGUGUUUUCUGUUACCUGGUUCUGAUUUUCAAAAAUUAUAUUUUUUGAACAUACCGCCCAUCUAUGAAUCGAGAAAUAAUGUAGUACACGAAAUCCCGAAUUUAGUGAGGGGUUAAAGGAUUUAUAAGCAGGCCGAGCUUUCUCGGCUCCGAGCCCAAGGCGAACAACCAGGGAUAAGCGCGAGGGCGACGCUGGCAGCUUUAUUUUAUUUUGGGCGUCGUUGAAGGCUUUGUGGGAAACAACGAAGGGGUUAUUUGACUCUCCUAAUUAUACGCUUCAUAUUAAUUUAUUGCCAUAAUGUUCUCAGACGAAACGCUGGAAACUGUGGAGGUGGAGUCCCAGUGGAGGAAAUCCAGGCGGCAACGAUUGGAGUCGAAAAGCAGCCAGACACUCGAACUGAAGCUGACCGAGGCUGGAGUGCAAGCAUGCCACAUUUCAGACAUAGGUGUCCAGACAGAGCCAGCAGAAUGCCUUGUGGACAGCUUUGACCCAGAGCUGAACGCCCAGGUGGAAUAUCCAGGUCUCCGAGAAUUUUUGCAGCGAGUCUCUGGCAUGGUGAUUAAGGAGUUAAAGCAGAAUGCCAAGAGCCAUGCUUUUGAUGGGUUUGAGGUGAACUGGGUGGAGCAAAAUCAGACGGUCUCCUUCCUCCAUUCCCUGCACUACCCUGAAGCUCAGGAGCGAGGACUACAAGUCACCUACGUGUGCUGGAACUCGACUGGCUCUGUCAUUGCCAGUGCUUAUGGCCGACUAGAAGAUGGUGACUGGAGCACCGAGAAGGCCUACGUGUGUACCUGGAACCUGGACAGGCGAGGACUCAAUUCACAGCGACCUGACCUCGUCAUUGAUGUCCCCAGUUCCGUUCUAUGCCUUGCGUUCCACCCAACCCAGCCAUCCCUCAUUGCGGGAGGUCUGUACAGUGGAGAGGUGCUUGUGUGGGACACCAGCCGAUCACCUGACCCCGUCCUUGCCCGAACUGGAAUGCUGGACUUGAGCCACAGGGAGCCUGUGUACCAGGUGCGUUGGCUGCCAGGGACCAAAAGGGGGGACGCCUUCAGGGUGCUGAGUGCCAGUGCCGAUGGCAAGAUCUUGGUGUGGCAGGUGGAGGCCAAUGGACGUCUGGGAGUGCACAGCGGCUACGCCCUGAUCGCUCAGCAGAUUCCACGAAGCACAACGGUGGGCAAGGGACGAGGUGAUACUCCGGUUGGCGUGACGGCUCUGGCGCUCUCCUUCUGGGACUCUGAUGUGUUUCUGGUUGGCGCUGAGGGAGGCCUGGUGCUCAAGUGCUCCUUCUCUGCCCACACCCCGGCAAUGCUAGCUGGUAGCGAUGCCGACAUGAUGUUGAGGGCCCCAGCCCAGUUCUCCUUCUCCACGCACUCGGGUCCCAUCCAUGCCCUGGACUGCUCACCAUUUCACAGGAAUCUCUUUCUGAGUGCCGGGACGGACGGCCAUGCCCACCUGCGCUCUCUGCUGCAAGGACCCCCGCUCCUGUCUCUGCAUGUCUCCGACUCGUACCUGUUCAGCGUGCGCUGGUCACCAACGCGGCCCCUCGUCUUUGCUGUUGGCACAGGACAAGGACUGGUGCAGAUUUUUGACCUGAGCCGAGGGUCUCUAACACCCACAGCAACGAUUGAACAGAACAGCAGCGGCAGACCAGUCUACUGUAUGGAGUUUAACCCAAAGCAGAUGGAGCUGCUGGCGGCUGGUGGGGCCGAUGGCACAGUCAAAAUCUGGCACUUGAGUUCCGAGUUGACGGAGCAGAGGCCAAAGGAGACGUCACAUCUGGAGUAUCUGGCAAAUGAGGUACCAGAGUAGAAGGAACCGAGGAAAAAAUCCACAGACUGAACGUGCCUGUAAACAUGAAGCAAAUCCCCCCAACUUGCAAUAAAGAGCACCGUCCUGAAUUUGUUGAAAUUGUGACAAUUACUGCCUGCUGUCAGGUACACAAAAUGAGAGUUUAAAAAAAACAACCUCAUGAAGUCAGAGUGUGUAACGUUGCCAGUUAGAACCUGAAGCGUUUAAUUAAGCACAAAACAGUACAGAAGUUACGUGUCGUGUUCUCUACGUUAAAAUCAAGCAGAGCAUUUAAAAGCUAACAGCACGA